UAAAAUCAUAAGUAUUGAUUUCUCCACAUUGAUGGUGUGGAUGUGUUACACUUUUUAUAGAAGUGUAAUUCAUACGGGAGUUCAUAAGUUCACACCCAAACAACAGUUGUUAUACCGUGGACCAUGAUCCACACUCCAUAAUGCAUUAUGGACCAUGGUCACAAAACGACGUCGUUUCAAUAAGUGGAAGAAACGGUUAAAUCUCUUUACUGAUACUAUAGUUCAUCUCAAAUGAUAUUACAGUUGUGUUGAACUGAUACUGCAGUUGUCGGGGCCAUUUCAUCCGUCUAUAAUUGCAGAUGUGUUGAACUAAUACUGCAAUUGUGUUGAAAGGGAACUGUAAUUGCAUAGAAUAGAGACAAUUUUAUCCAGUUCUUUUCAUUAAUCAAAACUACGUCGUUUUGCUACACGGUCCACAAUAUAGUAAAAUUUGCGCCCAAACAGUGGUUCUCUUGAACCGGACAUAUAUAGAUUUACUUCUAUAUAUAUAUAUAUAUAAGUUGCCCUAUAUAUCUCCCACGCAUGCAAUUCCUCUCAGGCGUCGAUCAACCCUCAACAUCCUUCCGUCCAUCCGCAUUCCCUAUUUUUCUCCAUCUGGGUAAGCCUUAAAGUUGAAAUCUUUACGCAAAUACAAUAUUAUGAUCACUGAAUAAAACCUGCAAUAGAAAUUUCAAUCAAGAUAAAUCUUGGAAACAAUUUCGUUUGUCUUAAUUUUCUGGAAUUACAGUUCUUUUGAUGCAACUGGCAUUUGGAAUACGCUUGUUUUGACUAGGUCUCAGAGGUAUAAAAACCCUGCAUCUUUUUAUCAUCAAUGGUGUAUUAAAUUAUAUUUGAAGUUACAUGGAUCACUGAUGUUUAGCUAUGAUGUUACCUUGCAUUCUCUCCCAAGAAUCAUGUAUGCUCUGACAUUGUAUCUUGUCCACAAAAGGAAAAAUUCUCUUGCUCCCGGCCCCAAACCCAACCCGACAGGAUAAUGGUGGGAUGAAUUACUGUAACUCAACGACCCAUUAGGUGGGAGGACUGCUUGCUCACAUGGAGCCCACCACAUUUUGGGUGGUUGUGAUUUAAAAUUCCUGUUAGCAAUUUUGAUAUUUUAGCAUCAUAAAGUGGGCUAGCAGCUUAAUCAUUCAAGAAUCCUAUGAUGUUGCAGCUGUUUAAAAGGGCUAGCUAUGAUUUAACAGUUGUCUUAGCAGCUCUAAUGUUGUAAAUCUCUUAGUAGUUUUAUGUGCUAUGCUGAAAGCUUGCUUUAUAUGUUUUGUGAGUAGUAAGUGUGUAGUUUGAAUUUGUUGACAGUGCUACAAUUUACAGAGAAUGAGCAACCCAGCAGCAGGGCCAUCAUCAAAAGCAAAAGUGGGAGCUUCCCAACCUAUUGACAAUUCAUUGAAACGCAAACGUGGAAUGUUUCAGAAAGAUUUGCAGCAUAUGAUGUAUGGUUUUGGAGAUGAUGCCAAUCCACUUCUGGAGACAAUGUCACUUGUGGAGGACAUUGUUACAGAGUAUGUCACAGAUAUGGUGCACAAGGCUCAAGAUGUUGCAACAAAGAGAGGGAAGCUUUUGACAGAGGAUUUUCUGUUUUUAAUUCGGAAGGAUUUGCCAAAACUUCACCGCUGCACAGAAUUGCUGUCUAUGAAUGAGGAGCUUAAACAGGCAAGGAAGGCUUUUGAGGUAGAUGAAGAGAAACUGGCAUCACUUGAAUAAAGAUGCAAAGCUCAUCAGUCUCUUCAUUUUCCCUGCUGAUUCCAGUGCUGGAUUUCUCCAACAGUUUUGUAUUGCAGAAAGUUCAAUUUUGUUGUUUAUGACUUCAGGAUCGUACAGUGUUCUUCAAAUCUUGAAACAGGGUAUUUUUUGCA